CAGGAGCUGUCCGCGUCUGUAGUGCUGCUCUGAUUUCGUUGAACGUGUGUGAGUGGGUUUAUGGACGCGAUGGAAGAAGAACUGAAAUGCCCGGUUUGCGGUUCUCUCUUUAAGGAGCCGAUUAUUUUACCGUGCUCUCAUAAUGUCUGCCUGGCGUGUGCCCGGAAUAUCAUCGUGCAGACCCCGGAGGGAGAGACCCCACCGCAGAACCGAUGCUCCUCGGACUAUGACUAUCUGGAUAUGGACAAGAUGAGCAUGUACAGCGAGACGGACAGCGGCUACGGCUCAUACACGCCGUGCCUGAAGUCUCCCAACGGAGUGCGCGUGUUCCCGCCGGUGCACCGCCACUGCUCCAUCACCUGCCCGCUGUGCCACCGCAGCGUGUCCCUGGAGGAGCGCGGGCUCCGCGGUUUCCAGCGCAACCGGCUGCUGGAGGCGAUCGUGUCCCGCUACCAGCAGAGCCGCGCCGCCUCCGUCAAAUGCCAGCUGUGCGACCGCAACCCGGUGGACGCCACGGUGAUGUGCGAGCAGUGCGAUGUGUUUUACUGCGCUCCGUGCCAGCAGCGCUGCCACCCCUCCCGCGGACCGCUGGCCAAACACCGGCUGCUGCCGCCGACUCCAGCGCAGGCGGGGACCGCGUCCGCGCGCAGACAGGUGACCUGCGUGGACCACGAGGCGGAGAACUACAGCAUGUACUGCGUCAGCUGCCAGACCCCCGUGUGCUACCAGUGUCUGGAGGAGGGCAAACACGGCAAGCACGACGUGAAGCCCCUGGCCGCCAUGUGGAAACAGCACAAGUGUCAGCUGUCCCAGGCAUUGAAUGGAGUGUCUGACAAAGCCAAGGAGGCCAAGGAGUUCCUGGUGCAGCUGAAGAACCUGCUUCAGCAGAUACAGGAGAACGGCGUUGAGUUUGAGGCAUGUCUGGUUGCUCAGUGUGACGCUCUGAUUGAAGCGCUCACUCGGCAGAGGGCCAAACUGCUCACCAAGGUCACAAAGGAGAAAGAGAGUAAGCUGAAGACUGUGAAGGAUCAGAUAACUCACUGCACCAUGAAGCUCCGACAGACCACAGGAAUGAUGGAAUUCUGUCUGGAGGUUAUUAAAGAGAACGAUCCCAGUGGAUUCCUACAGAUCUCAGAUGCGUUGAUAAAGCGUGUCCUGGCGUCUCAGGAACAGUGGGUAAGAAGUGCAUUGGAGCCAAAGGUCUGCCCAGAAUUUGCUUUGACCGUCAACACAGAUCCUCUGAUGCAGUCGAUUCUCCAGCUGGACUUCUCCCAGAAUAAAGAUGGUCAGGAGGCUGCUUUAUUGAAACAAAUGCAUGCAGGUGACCAGAAAGAGGAGGAGAGCACAGGAGCGGAGACCUCCACAGUGCCUCCUGCACCGCUGUUGCAGUUGGAAAAAUGCUGCAUGAGGAACAACAGUGCCACUCUGGCCUGGAGGAUAACUACUGUCCAAGCCCUGCCUGUAGAGGGUUACGUGCUGGAGCUGGAUGACGGGAAUAGCGGGCCUUACCGGGAAGUCUAUGUUGGGAAAGAGACCAUCUGUACAGUGGACGGCCUUCAUUUCAAUAGUUCAUACAACGCUCGAGUCAAAGCGUACAACUCUGCUGGCGUGGGAGCGUACAGCAAAGUUGUUGUUUUGAAAACGUCUGAUGUGGCAUGGUUCACCUUUGACCCUACGUCAGCACACAGAGACAUUGUCCUAUCUAAUGAAAACCAGACUGUGACUUGUAACAGUUACGAUGAUCGUGUGGUGCUCGGGACCGCUGCCUUCUCCAAGGGCGUGCAUUACUGGGAACUUAGUGUGGAUCGCUAUGACAACCACCCCGACCCCGCAUUCGGUGUGGCCCGGAUUAAUACGAUGAAGGACAUGAUGCUAGGGAAGGACGACAAGGCCUGGGCCAUGUAUGUGGACAACAAUCGCUCCUGGUUCAUGCACAACAACUCCCACACCAACAGGGCUGAGGGUGGCAUCACAAAGGGUUCGAGUGUGGGGAUACUGUUAGACCUGACAAAACACACCCUGACCUUCUUCAUCAACAAACAGCAGCAUGGACCCGUGGCUUUCGAGAACCUAGAGGGUGUGUUCAUGCCUGCAGUUAGCCUCAACCGUAACGUCCAGGUGACUUUAAUCACAGGUCUGGAAGUCCCUAAGAGCAACAAGUGAACAUCGUGGACCAAUAAGAACGAGCCAGACCUUUCUUGAUAAAGAAAUCAGUGCUCUACUCUGCUCUUAUACUGCACUGACAUAUAAUGCUAAUGUUAAUAAUACCCCCUCUGCCCCCCAUGGUCAUAUGGGUGAUUUGCAUUGCAGUGUUUACAAAUCAUUCCCGCUUUGAAGUAGAGUAAUGCCUCUUUUUCAUCCCUCCAACGAAAGAUAGCACAGUUUCAAAAACAUAUUUGGAUUAAAACCAAUUUAUCAGCCAUUUGAUAUGUUAGCAAUGGAACGGAGAGAUCAAACGCAACUGAUAGUGAUCAAACAACUGUGAGACACAAAUCUCAGGUUUACUCACCUUUAAUGUGCUUCAGAAGCCCUCAGAAAUAUCAUCACUCAGACCAUGAAUCUGGGGUGCUGGGACUGAAAGAGUCCCGGUCAAGCCAAAAGCCCUGCGUCACAUAUUGGUGAAGUUUACAGUCUCUUCAGUUCGUAGUUCCACAAGUAAAAUUGUAAACCUUAUGGCUCAUAUCACACUUCUGCUGAAUAAGCUGUAAAAUUUGAGGAAAAAACAACAACGAUUGUAGCACAAACAUUGCCGGAUGAGUUACAUGCUGAAGUGUAAUACUUAAUGUAUGCACAAUUCUCUUAGCAAACAGCACAAAAACACACAGGAAAAAGCUCCAGGUUUACAGAAAUGAUAUAAUACCUGCCACUGGACACAGACUGUGCCCUCACCGCCAAGUAGACUCAGCCUUGGUGCUUUAUAUGAGCCACAGUUGUGAAUAUUCAGCCAGAAUCUCAACUCUGAGGUCUCUUUACACUGUGACCGACACAUUCCGUACGAGUCUUGAAGCUGACGUGUGUAAUUUUCUCUUGACUCAGCUUAAUAUGCAGAGAUAAUUGUAAGCCAUUUUAGGCUGAUUUCACAGAAAAGUGUAAACAAUGAUUCAAAACAUUGCAUUUUUUUUUGUUUGAACUCCUAGCAACGACUCAACCAGUAGAGAGAGUUUAGGGCAGGGCUGUCUGUAUUGCUGACCAAUGACAAAUGAGUGGUCGGGAAACCUAUUUGAAAACAGUCACUAUUUUUUUGUAAAUUUAUUUAAUGAGGUGAAAAUUACACACUUCGACAGACUCGAGCUUCAUACGCUUCAUUAUAAUAAAUGAUCACUUCAUGGUCCAAAUCAGUAUUAUUUCAAUGCCGCACCCUUUAACGAUUUUUUUAGAUUCCGAUGUCGAAAAACAAAGUCAUAACUUAUAGUCGGGAGGAACGAUUGUGUUUGCAUGUUGUACAGCUGUAAAUAUGGUCAAAGCAGUGAAGCACGCAUGAGUUACACAUUCAGUAUGUUGAAUUUGUGUUUCGUAGUGUGAAUACGUGAAUGAAACAGGAAUACAGCAUAGACGCAGAGUUGCAAUCUGCCCAAGUGUUUAUUGUGUGGAAUUAUUUUUCUGAUAACGUAGCUUUGAGUUAAAAGUAAAACCACCAAAAGCUACAUACCUACAUAACUCCUACAUUAAAUGCUACGAGGAGUCGCAUAUGGACCUUGCAACAGGAGAUACAAGCCUAUGUUUCAGUUUAUACCUCGGUUCAAAAUACAGUGGUUUCAGGGAGAAAUGAGAGAUAAAUGAAAGAUGUUAUAUUUGUUUAUUUUCCUGCCCAGACAUUAACUCAUGGGAUUAUGGGAACAGAUAAUAACUCAUUGGUGAUGUAAAGCAUGGGAUGUUGAUGAUAUUUAUAAUGUGUUUCUAUGAAGAGUGUAAUUAUUGUAAAUAGCUUGAGCAGAUACAUUUAUCUCGCAGUGAGUGUUCUGCUGUCAGGAGUACCAAACUAAAACUGAACAGGUACUGGCACUAAAUAAGAGUGUUUAAAUGUGAAAAGCUGUGCUUAAAGGAAUGUUCUGGGUUCAGUCAGGACUAUUGUUUCUUCAGGAAAACUGAGAGUGUUGUUCUAGGUCACUCAUUGACAUCUUUACACUACUAUGAUGGCAUUUCAAGUAUAAUUUAAAGAAAAAAGGGGACUUUUACCAGUAAAACACCAACACAAGUACCGAUGGCUUUUUCUAACUAUUUAACAUUUUGACAUAUUGGUGACUAAUCCAUAUAAGUUUCUACAAUCUCAUUUGUACAUGUCCAUAGGAUCUAUUUAUGCCCCAGUGAUGGUUAUGUUUAGGGGUAGGAUUAAAAGUGAAUGUUCAUGCUUACUUUUUUGCUAAAAAUUAGAAAUAUUUAUCUGAUAAAGUUUUAGUAGGGAAGAAUUUGGACUAGUGCUUUAGCUGCAUUUCCACUUCUUGACACUUCAGAGACUUUUGACUUCCACUUUUUGACCCUUCAGAACAUUUUGCCCUAUAGACCUUCAUUGUACUGUAAAAGUGCCAGGUUUAUUUAUUGUCUGUGGUAACUGCCAUUAUGCCACAUAUGCUGUCUAUAUGUACCUUUUUUUGCCUCAUACACCAUAUUUAUGACCAUCAGCUGCCAAAGUAAUGGUGAUAAAUACAGACAUACAGCCAUCAAUGGCUUCAAUCCAUACAAAUUAACCAGAAAACAUUUGUACAGAUCUCAGGUUAGCCCUUAAUAAAUGUAACUUUGAUAGACAUUGAUAUAUUUAAUCUCUGUAUGUAAUGCCAGUAAAUGGAGAGCACUGAUAUACAAAUAGCCAAUGUGGGUUAAAUAUAUUUUAUCUCAGUUUAUGUGUUUUCAUUUCACAGUCAAUAGUGGGCUGCCAAUGGUCAUAAUUAUGGACGAUGAGACGGAAAAAUCAUGUGACUGAAACGUAUGAAUAGCUAAAGUUGAACUUUGAGCAUUCCUUUAAAUCCAGUUAAUUCUGUCGGUGACGCCUCCCAAAAUUGCCAUCUAUUUCACAGUGUCAUCUUAAAUCUCACAGUGGACUUUUUUGUUUGUAUUAAAGUAUAUUUAAAAGUUUAUGUCAAUGUAGAUAGUAGAAACACUGGUCAUAUACUGAAUAUGAAGCAAAAAGAAAAACAGUGCAUUGCAUAUGUAUUAUAAUAAACCAACUGUACAGUAAUAGAGAAUUCAUGAGCUAAAUAUGGAUACGACCCAGAUUAAUGGGAGGAAGGAUGUGUAAUAUGAAGAUAUUUUACCUCCUCAGUGGCUGAGCAAGUCAACUUGCAAUUCCUGCCUAAGUGAAUUUAUUUAAGCUAUUACACCAACUGCCAUAGCCUAAAAUAUCCAGAUCUCGGACAUUAAUCAUUUUCCUUACUUUUCCCGUUUCUCACAGUCUUAAAUAUUCAUUAGGCUGAGAAAAUGAACGUCUCGUCCUGUGCCUCAUUCACACAAAUCCGCCGACAUUAGAGACGUUGCUUUGGAAGGUGGUGUGUUUUCACUCAGACUGGAUGUCAAGAAACUUCAUCAAAAGAAAGCACAGAUUCAUUACACUGGGUUUUGUCCAGAAUCAAGGAGAUACUAAACAAGUGAUUUUCUUGAAAGCACACAAAAUGAAAUGGUCUUGAGGUGUUUGCUGUAUAGCUGUAUGCUUAACAUGACUGCCUGCAAGUGAGACCAUCACAAAAAGUUCAACGGUCCCAAUAACAGCAUUUAAGGAUUUAUUUUUCUAUAUACAGCAUAUUACUCAUGUGGAUGUACGUUAGUCAGGUGUUUGGCCCUCAGAUGAUCUCUUUGUGAAGAGUUCGGAAAGGAAAGACGAGCUGUUUCUCUGAAGAGUCUUUCCAUUGAUCUGCUGACACACAUAUAUGUCAUUAUCAUCAUCAUCAUCAUCAUCAUCAUCCUCGAAGCAAACUCUAAUGUGUGGGAACGCGUGUUUUAGUGCUUUUCUUCUGUAUGUGAUCUUGAGCUUUCAUUUCCUCUAACUAACGUGAUAUUUUGUAUGUCUUUGUGGUUUGUAUAUCAAAUACAUUAUACAUGACAUUCUUUUCUUACUGCUUAGUGUAGCAGAAAACCAGUGUCUUUCCCUUUUAAUAAACAAUACAACCGU